GAAUGGCCAAGAUCUCCUCAGGAUGUCUGCCAAGGUCUCCCCUGGUCCCCUCCUCUCCAAACCCCCCAUGCAGGUGAAAGAAGGCUCCCUGGUGGUCAGGUGGCUGAGAUUAGUGUCCGGGCUCCAGUUGUGUGCAUUCCUGAUAGAUAUUGUGGCCUGGAUUAUGUGCAUUGCCUCAACAGCCGUUGUCAACUGGCGAGUGUGGCGUGUAGAAAACAUAAAGGGAAUUGGCUCUGGAAACAUCUGGAUCGGAAUCUGGCAGGUCUGCUUUUGGAAAGACCCUUCUAACGACGGCAACUCUUUUUGGCAUUGCGAAGAUCUCAAUGAGCAACAUCCAAGCCUCCCAAGGGAAAUUUUUAUUGCACAGGACUUAAUGGCAUUAGCUUCCAUUAUGAAUUCAACGGCCCUGGGAUUGAUUUCAUUUGCCUUGUACAAUGUGUCCGAGCCCAGAAAACAUAAGAAUUUUGUGUUAACCUUUUUUAGGCUUGCAGCUUUCCUGAACUUAGUUGCAGGGAUACUCGUCCUGAUUUCCGUGGUAUGGAACAUGUCUGCCGUCUUACAUAAUGGGGAAAUUGACUUCCCUGAAACUUUUGAAUUGCCUCAAAUUCCCAGCGAGCAGCAUAUUGGACCUUCUAUUUAUCUAGGCUAUAUCGCUGCAGGUUUCCAGCUGCUGAGUGCAGCAUUGGUUGGGAUUGAGAGAUUUUGCGUCAAGACCACCGCAACAGAUAAAUGUCAAAUAGCGACCGUAAGGGUGAUUACCCCAAGAAGCGCAGCAAAAAGCGAGAGUCUAACUACUUGUGGAAAGUGUGGUUCUCUGCUGGAUCUCGUAAUUGAAGAGAAAUCCACAGAUGAGAUGGAGGAAAGCCAUGCGGAAGAUUUUGUCAUUCCAGAGGAAUCCUGCGAAGAGGAGAUGGAGGAAAGCCAUACACCCCAAAGCUCACCUGAAGGACAUCAAAGCCCACCUGAUGUCCCCAAACAUACAAUUAUAUAUGUGAUUCCCUACAACAGGGAGUCAUAAACUAUCAGAUGCAGAUCCACACAGAUCGCUCCAUACACGCAUGGAUCUGUGUGGAUCAGGAUCUGAUAGUUUUGUUUUGGGACUUCAGAUGGGCUUUGAUGUCCUUCAGGUGAG